AUAACGGCGACCUAGGUUUUUCACUGCUUUUCUUUCUCCACUCUCUCACGGCAUCGGAAAACUCCAACGCGAAACAUGGAUUCGAAUCCAAGCUCGUUGUGGAGCAGCAUAGUGAAGAAAAACCCGCCUUCAAAGCCUUUAGCCAGCGACGGAGCUCCGGCAGCGAUUCCCGGUAUAUUCGGAAACUGCAAAUCCACAAAGGGAAUAUCUACUGCUGUUCUUGAUGCCAACGCCGUGAUUGAAGGAGGCCAGAGCUUAACCAACCUCGCCGAUAGACUCGUAACCGUCCCUGAAGUAUUCUCCGAGAUUCGUGGCAAGGCUUCGCGCAGUCUUCUCGCCUCCAUUCUCUUCAAAACCGAGACCAGGGAACUUUGUCCUGAAUCUCUUAGUAAAGUUGAAAAUUUUGCAAGAGCUACUGGUGAUCUGCAAACUCUGUCUGAAGUGGAUCUCAAGCUGAUUGCUUUGACAUACACUCUUGAGGCUCAGGUUCAUGGGACCAAAAAUCUCAGAGACGUUCCUCCACCGAUUCAAUAUGUUAAGGUAAAUGGAUUACCUGAAAAGGAAUCACAUCGCUGGGGCUCCAAUGUGGAAACAGAGGAUGAGCAAGAAGGUGAUAGGAAGCAUAGGCGAUACCCGCCCAAGAAAACAGAGGUAAAGCUUGAGGGAAAGAUGGUAGUGGAAGGAAUAGAUGCAUCGCAGGGGGAAUAUGAUGAUAAAGAUACUGGUGAUUGGAAACCUGCAGUUAGUAGAAGCACUCACAGAAAGUUUCUUAGAAGAAAGGCGAAGAGGGAGCAUAACAAGGCCUUGGCUGAACAAGAGAUUCAGCGAGAUCAAGAAGCUGAUAAAUCUGGAAACAUGAUUGUUGAAGCAACUUUGAUUGAUGGUGAGGAUGAUAUCGAUCAUGAGGGGGUCGAUGUUGCGAAUCACGAGUUAGGAGAGGAUAUGGAGAUGGCUAGUGAGGCAUCAUCGGUUGCAGAUGAUGGUAGCAGUGAGCAGAGUUGGUCGUUGAGAGACUUGACUGAGUCCAGUGUAGCUUGUAUAACCAAUGACUUUGCAAUGCAAAAUGUUAUUCUUCAGAUGGGUUUGCGUUUUCUUGCACCCGGAGGAAUGCAAAUUCGCCAACUAAACAGGUGGAUCUUGAGAUGCCAUGCUUGCAACACAGUAACUCCCGAAGUUCGAAAAUGCCAUGACUGUCUUGACAUUCGAGAAAGGUUCUGUUUCAAGUGCGGGAAUGGCGGUACACUACGCAAGGUGGCGGUUACAAUAGGCGAGAAUGGCACCAUCAUAGCUGCGCGUACACCACGUAUUACACUUCGAGGGACCAAAUUUUCGAUACCAAUGCCUAAAGGAGGAAGAGACGCAAUCACCAAGAAUCUGGUUCUAAGGGAAGAUCAACUCCCUGAAAAGUUUCUCCAUCCCAAGACCAAGAAGAAAGCAAGCAAACCGGGAGAUGAGUUUUUUGUAUCAGACGCUGUGUUCAUGAACCAUCACAGUGAUAAAAAGGCACCAUUGCAGCCUCCUAUUAGAGAAGCCAUGGCGGUUUUCAGCCAGAAAAGGAACCCUAAUGACAACCAUUACUCUCGUUCUAGGCACUGAUCUCCUGAUGUCAGUUUUGAA